AUGACAACAAUAAAUGACGCAGUAUUUAUGUCUGAUGAUGAGGAAGAUGAAUCAUUUAAUGAAUCUGAUAUAUCAUCUGAAGAAGAUAAUAGUAAAAAAAAUAAUGUAAAAUAUGAAAGGGAUGAUAAUAAUGAAAUGAUGGAUGAUUUGGACAAAGAAGAAAGGAUUGAAAUACUUUAUGAUGAUAUCCUAAAGAAAUCUAUGAAUAUAUUUAGUAGGCAAUCAACAGUUAACUCAGAUGACUUUAUGUUACAAUUUCAACGUAAAUGUUAUAAUCCACCUAAUUUUAGGAAGAAUUCAAAUAUAUCAGAACUUAUGCACUAUAUAGAUAUUGGGACAUCAAAAGUACUACCUAAAUCUUUAGAUUUAGAUAUUAUGAGUUAUAAGAAUAACUGUAGAGAUAUAAAGAAUAUUUCAUCAGAUGAAACACAUGAACUUGUAAGAAGUGCACUUAGUAAUGCAAUAGAUAAAAAUCCAAUAUAUAUAGAGAAACAAGUUAGAUAUGCAGGGAAAUCAUUUAAAAUACGUGAGAAAGUGGAGAAAUUAUCAUAUAAUAAACAUAAAAAAGGUAAUCAAUUUAUUGAAAAUGCUUUAAGUGGAAAAUUAUCUGUGUUAGAUGAUAUAGUAUCAAAGAUUACUAAAGAAAGUAGCAUAAACUCAAUACAAAAAUCUCAUUCAGAUUGGUCUGAAUUUAAACAAAUGACAGGUAUAGAGUCUCAAUUAGAACAGCAAAGAAAAUAUGGAUAUUUAUCUAAAACGGCAUUUUUACAAAGAGCUGAUUGGAGACAACAUGAAAUAGAAUUGGAAGCUAAGAGAAGAGCACUAAAUAACCACAAUAAACAAUAA